CGCGAAUUAAAAAAAGCUGCUCGGGUGCUCGAGUCAGAGAAAUUGAGCACAACAACAACGAGGACCACUUCCAGCCAUGGAGAAAGCACACAAAGCAGUCGAUGCCGUCGUCGAUGGCGUAAAGAAAGUAGCCAUUGGCAAUGAAAAGAAGGCAAAGGCAAAGAAGGAAAAAGGAGGGGAUGGCGGGGCAGAGGGGCCUCUUGAGAUGAAGCCCGCCCCUCAAUUCCUCGACACUCGUCUUAAAUUAUUCGAGAAAUUGAAGGCGAAGUUCGACGCGGAAAUUGCUGCGAAACCUCGAGAAGCCAUCACUAUCACUUUGGCAGAUGGAUCAGUCAAAGCCGGCACAUCGUGGGAGACGACACCCGCGGAUAUUGCCAAGGGUAUAUCGAACAGUCUAUUCAAGCGUACGGUUGUGGCGAAGCUGAAUGGAGAUCCCGGACAACUGUGGGACCUAGAGAGACCAUUGGAGGCCAGUUGUAAGCUGGAGUUACUGUCUUUCGACGAUGAGUUGGGCAAGAAGGUUUUCUGGCACUCGAGUGCGCACAUACUUGGUGAAGCUUCUGAACGACGAUUCGGGUGCAGCCUGUGCAUUGGACCUCCAAUUGAGAGUGGUUUCUACUACGAGAUGGCUUUGCCAGAAGGAGCCCCUGUUCAUGAAUCGGAUUGGAAGCCAUUGGAGACAUUGGUCAGUCAAAUUGUGAAGGAAAAGCAACCCUUCGAACGUCUCGUUCUCUCAAAAGAAGACCUGCUUGAGAUGUUCUCGUACAACAAGUACAAGCAACACAUCAUCAAAGACAAGAUCAAGGACGGAGAGUUCACCACGGUUUACCGGAACGGACCUCUUAUCGAUCUCUGCCGUGGCCCUCAUGUUCCGAAUACUGGCAGAAUCGAGUCAUUUGCAAUCAUGAAAAACUCAGCAUCGUAUUUCUUGGGCGACAAGGACAACGACUCUCUUCAGCGAAUCUAUGGCGUGUCAUUCCCCGACAAGAAGCAAAUGACGGAGCACAAAAAGUUUUUGGAAGAAGCAGCAAAGCGAGACCACCGUAAAAUUGGCAAGGACCAAGAGCUAUUCUUCUUCCAUGAACUGUCGCCUGGAUCAGCGAUGUGGUUACCCCACGGAAUGCGAAUAUACAACACACUCAUGCAAUUCAUCAAGGAUGAGUACUGGAAGCGUGGCUUCAACGAGGUCCUCUCUCCAAACAUGUAUAAUUCCACAUUAUGGAAGACGUCUGGUCAUUGGGACUACUACAAGGACGACAUGUUCACCUUUGCGGUUGACAAGGAGACAUUCGCGCUGAAGCCAAUGAAUUGUCCAGGGCAUUGUCUCAUGUUCGAUCACCGUGAGAGAAGCCACCGGGAGUUGCCUUGGCGAGUUGCAGACUUUGGUGUGCUCCAUCGUAAUGAAGCUUCUGGAGCGUUGUCAGGUCUUACGCGAGUCCGAAGAUUUCAACAGGACGACGCCCAUAUCUUCUGCCGAGAAGACCAAAUCAAGGACGAGAUCACGGGUGCAUUCGACUUCCUGAAUAGAGUAUAUGGUCUAUUUGGAUUUACAUUCAAGAUGAAGCUCUCCACGAGACCAGAUCCCUAUAUGGGCAAGCGAGAAGUGUGGGACAUGGCAGAGGAAAAACUUCGUUCUGCAUUGGAUGAAUUCAUCCCCGGAGGUUGGGAACUUAACGAGGGCGAUGGAGCUUUCUACGGACCGAAAAUCGAUAUUACCAUCAUGGAUGUUCUAAGACGGGAAUGGCAGACGGCUACGAUCCAAUUGGACUUUCAGCUUCCUCAAAACUUUGGUCUUGAAUACAUGACGUCUGAAGUGGUCGUCAAGCUGAAAGAGGAUGGAGAGAAAGUUGUGAAGCCGAAGGUUGAGGAGCCCAAGAAGGCCGUAGAGGUUGUGGGCCCAAAUGUGAAGAAGGAGAGAGUCAUCAAGCCCCUCACACCAGGCUGUGCACGUCCUGUCAUGAUCCAUCGAGCCAUUGCAGGCAGCAUUGAGCGUUUCACGGGUAUUUUGAUAGAACACUACGGGGGCAAGUGGCCAUUCUGGCUGAGUCCUCGACAAAUUUUGGUGAUCCCAGUUGGAGUUGGAUUUUAUGACUAUGCAAAGGAGGUCCAGAGCAUUUUCAAGGAUCAGCGUAUGUAUGUUGAUGUCGACCUCAGCGGCAACACUCUUCAAAAGAAGAUCCGCACGGGGCAGUUGGCUCAAUAUAACUUCAUUUUCGUCGUCGGCGACCAAGAGAUGAAUGGAAGAGAAGUCAACGUUCGGAACCGUGAUGAUACUUCGAGCCAAGACCGUGGAAAGCCAGUGCCAUUGCAGGAAGCUAUCACGAAGCUCGUGGCACUUCGGGACGAGCGGAGAUCAGAUAAUCCCUUUCCGGGAGAUGCGAAGGUGGAGAAAGAGAAAGAAGCCAAAGCUAAGGCUUAGGUUGAGGGAUUUUGCUUACGACCUGGGGGGGGGGUUGCUGGAUGGGCAGAGCUGUGUUAUUGUAUGAGGUGACUUUUUUUUCUUUCUUCCAAAGUUGUGAUGCAGUUAGAUACUGUACCAAGACUUGCAUGGAGAAGAAACGAGUUGCGUGGCGUAGUGGAGAUGAAUGAAUGAAUGAAUAAUGUUGAUUUUUGACCAAUGAUGUUGGGCCAUGCAUCGCCU